AUGUUCCGCAACCUCAAGGCGGACCGGCCCCGCCCCGGCAACCUCAGCAUAUUUGUCAGCGACCUCCCCCCAGCAGGGUGGGCCGAUGGUAUGCUCCGGGCGCUGGCCAGGUUGGUCAUUGGUGUCGUUGUCAGUCAUUUGGACUGGGAGCCGAUCGGUUGCUGCGCGGGGUGUUUCGGAUCGCCUGACUAUCACACAGACAGCGCCCUGGAUGGAAUUGCUGGAGCCAGCGGCGGUCGCCGGCCGACGGUCCGGAUUUGCUGGCAAUGGAGACACAGCUCCCCCGAGGACCCGCCCUUGAGGGAACUGAGGUCAGAGGCAAUCACCGCUGCACGGCAAGAAUAUCCCAACCGCGAGGCCUCGACACAGCUGGUGCGGAAGAUAGAUAUACUUCUGAACUUAGUUGGAGAGGGAAAGCGACUGAAAGAUGUCUCUUACGACACCUUUUUGACCUCGGAUGUCGACUAUGAGCUUGAAGAGCACCAGAUUAUACAGGACCCCAACCAUGAGAUCUACCAGAAGGUAUCACUAUGGGGCACGCCGGUGAAAAUAUUGCGUGGCGGCAGAGUUGCCGGAAUGCCAGCGGUACAUCGACAAUCCAUGCACCGCUUGCCAAAUCUACGGUGGCUCUUGCUCGCUGGAGAAAGGAUGCCCGUUUUUGGGACCUUGACGCUGCAGUGCUUCAUGACCCACUGA